AUGUUUAAAGGGUUAAGAAAGAAAGCUUCGAUUCUUUCCCUUUACCCCACCACUUCAAAUCAAUCUACCUUAGACAAUGAAUCAAUAAACUCAAAUCAUUCAAAUUAUGAUAAAAUCUUAAAACAAGUUCACGAUUUUGAAAUUGCUUUAAAAGCAAUGGAUUUUCUUUUAGAUGAUAGGACAGAUCAAGGUACAAAAUUAUUAGAAGAAGAAUCACAAAAAAUAUCAAAUGAUGGUCAACCUCGAGCAGUUUUCCCAUUAGCUUUGGGAGUUAUGGAAUUUAUUGAAGCAACUUUAGGAUUUGAACCAGAAGUUAUGGCUAAAGCUCAUAAAUCUUUAUCAGAAGCAGAAAAUAUUUCGACUAAUAAUGCUAAAUAUAAUGUACGAUAUCAAUUAGCAACUUCAAAUAUAUAUCCACCAGGUACAGAAUUUCAAGUAACUCAAGCAGAAUCCACUUUAUUAAAUGCUUUACUAAUGUUAUUAACUGAAAAUAAUGGUAUGGUUGAAAGUGCAAAAGCUUUAUUCAAGUUAAGAAAAGCUUAUCAAAUACUAGAUGCUGUAUAUAAAAAGAUUAAAGAACUGGAACCAAUUUUUAACAAAAAUCUUGCUAAAUUGAAAAAAAAAACAGCAAUUCAGGAAAGAUCUACAUUGAAAAAAAAUUUAACAAUGAAUGAUUCAAUAAGUACAGUUGAUUUACCGGGGUAUGAAUCACAAAGUAGUUCAACAACUUCGUUACCACAAGAUAUAAAGUUAAUGAAAAAUUUGGAAAAGAUUUUUUUGAUGAGAAAAGCUAGAAUUGAAGGAACCAAUCUUGGUAACAAUGAUGGAAAUACUAAUAACAUUAACUUAUUUGAAGAUCUGGCUAGUUCAUUAACUUUAUCAAGACCUCCAAAUAGUUUCACCAGUAGUCGACAGAACCAUAAAACUUUUAGUGCUGAUAAUUCAGAUGAAGAAGAAGAAGAAUUUGUUGAUGCAAUGGAUAAUUUAACAACAAGUCUUGAUUUACCACAAUCAGCACUUGAUUCAAGUGCUCAGUCAAUGUUAUCAUCUUUAGAAACCUCCGAUGAAUCUUCAGCUGUUGCAACUGAUAAUCAUCUACAUGUCUCGACCACCGACGAAUUUAUUCAUUCUGGUGUACAGUUAUGCUUUGGAAUACUACAAGUUGUUUUAUCAUUAAUUCCUCCAGCUAUUGGUAAAGUUUUAUCUAUAGUUGGGUUCAAAGGUGAUAGAGAUAUUGGAUUAAAAUUGUUGUGGACAACUGCAAUAACAUCAAGAAAUGUUCAUGGUGAAUUAGCAUUAUUGUUUUUGUUAAUGUUUUAUGAUGGACCUAUUCAAUUUGUUGACACUGGAUUUAGAGUGCCAAACUCAGCGACCACCAAUAACAUUUUGUCUUUAGAAAAUAAAACAUCUGUGAGUGAAACUGAGUUACAAAAAAUUAUGGAUGAUCCACCAAAUUAUACUUCUCAGUUAUUGAAAAGAGCACGUCAUCAUUUCCCACAUAAUGCAUUAUGGAUAUUGCAAGAAGGUAGAAUGUUAGCUGCUCACGGUGAUUUAAUAAAAGCUAGUACUUUAAUGCAAGAGUUUACUGAUGAACCAAGUAAUAAAAUCCAAAUGCAACAAAUUGAAGCUUUAUUAAUAUUUGACAGAGCUAUGAUUUAUAUGUAUAUGCAUGAAUAUGAUAAAGCAGCAAGAGAUUUGAUAUACUUAAUUGAAAUUAAUUCUUGGUCAAAAGCAGUUUAUUUAUUUAUGGCAGCUGCAUGUUAUCUUGAAAAAUAUAGAAUGAUCAAAAUGGGAUUAGUUAAAGUUGACAAUAUUGAAGAAGAGAGUAAAAAAUAUUCAGAUUUAUUUUCCAAAUAUAUGAAAUUAUCAUUAAGUUACGUCCCAGGUCAUGGAUCAAAUGCUCAGAAAAAAGGUGGAUUAGGUGGUUCAGGUAAACAAAUGCCAUUUGAUAAAUUCUUAUUGCGAAAAUGUAAACACAUUGAAAACCGCAAAAAGCAAUACCCAAAUUUAUCAUAUGCUGAUUUAGUUGGAACUUCAUUAGUUCACGAAUUAAUUUACUUCUGGAAUGGGUACAAUAGAAUGACUGAAAAAGAUUUUAAACUUUCCUUAAAGUUGUUGGGAUAUUCUGGUUCACCAAAUUCUGAAUUAUCUGCAAAUACUACAAAUCAUACAUAUGCAUUAAUUGAGGAAACUGAAGAUGAAGCAAUGAUUAGAUAUUUUUUACAAUCAAUAGUAUUAAGACAAUUGGGUCAAAUAAAAGAAGGAUUAGCUAUACUAGAUAAUCAUGUUAUCUCAAAAUAUAUAAUAUCGGAUCAACCACAAAAUUUCAAAUUUCAUAAAUUAACUUAUAGUCCAUAUAUUUAUCCAACAGCAUUUUAUGAGAAAACAAUGUUUAUAUGGUUAUCAAGAACUAAAAAUUUAGAAAAAAUUGAUGUUGUUUCAGCAGUUCAUGAAAGUAAAAGUUGGUUAAAAAAAUCUGAAAUUAUUGGUGAAGGAGAUUAUGAAUUAAGUAAUAGAACAAGUAUGCGUAUAAAAGCAGCUAGUGAUAGAUUAGAUCAAUUAGCUGAGAAUGCAGAAAGUGCUAAAGGGUAUAAUUAG